AUGUUAGAAAAUUCUGCUGCUGCGCCAUUCAUUGACGACCAAGCAAUUGUUGCAAGUAGCGAUGAAGAGGAGUCGACUAAUGGGGAAGGAGAAGAUCCCUUUAUAGUUUCUAAUGAUGAACAAGAAGAUGAUGAUGACAAGAGACAUGGAUACAGGCCUCAUCCUUCGCUUUCUGAUGGUGAAGAAGAUAUCGAAGAGAUUGGGAGAAGAAUUCAACAACGGUAUCAAAGCUAUGAUGAAGAAUUUGAUGAGGCAGAUAUCAAUGAUGUCGAGCAGCAAUCUCGUUUUCCAUCAGUUAAGGAUUCCAAGUUGUGGACUGUGAAAUGUGCGAUUGGUCGUGAGCGAGAGGCAGCUUUUUGCCUUAAGCAGAAAUGUGCCAUUGAUCAACCUGGGAUGCAUAUAAGGUCUGCCAUCGCUCUUGAUUAUCUCCAGAACUACAUCUACGUCGAAGCUGAUAAGGAGGCACAUGUCAGAGAGGCUUGCAAAGGUCUCAAAAUGUUAGAUACCAGAAAAAUAGUGCUUGUGCCAAUUAAAGAAAUGACUGAUGUGGUUUCAGCAAAAGGCAAAGCCCUUGACAUUGUGAAGGAUAUGUGGGUGCGGAUAAAGAUUGGGAUAUAUAAAGGGGAUAUUGCAAAAGUUGUUAGUGUGCCUGAUAUGCGACAAAUGGUUAUGCUUAAGCUAAUCCCAAGGGUUGAUUUACAAGCUGUUGCUGACAAAUCAGAUGGUAGAAAAGUUUCGAAGAAGGCGAUCAUUCCGCCUCAACGUCUUGUGAAUUCAGGUGAAGCAAGGAGCCUUAACAUACCAGUAGACUCUAGGAGGGAACGAAGCACUGCAAUUUCUUUCGAUGUGAUUGAUGGGAAGACGUUUAAAGAUGGUUUCCUAUAUAAAACAGUAUCGAAGAAAUCAAUUGAGUAUCAAAAUAUUCAACCAUCUUUCGAUGAGCUUGAAAGAUUUUGUGAGUCUGGUAUGUCCACUUCAGUGGAAAACAGGAGAAAAUUCCAUUUUAUGAAGGGUGAUGCUGUUAUUAUUGUCAAAGGAGAUCUCAUAAAUCUGAUGGGAUGCGUCGAGAAAGUGGAAGACGGUAACCUCCAUAUCAAACCAAAUCGGAAGGACCUGCAUACAACAAUUGUGGUGAAUGAAAAUUAUAUUUCCAAAUACUUCAAGCUUGGGGAUCAUGUGAAGGUCGUCUCUGGUGCUCAUGAAGGUGCAACCGGUACUGUCAUUAAGGUUAACAGUAAUGUGCUCAUUUUAGUAUCUGAUGCGACUAGGGAGGAUAUCAGUGUUUUUGCUGACAACGUUGUGGAUAGCUCUGAAGUAGCUCCUGGAGCUACUACCAGAAUUGGAGAUUAUGAAUCACAUGACCUUGUCAUGCUUGCUGACAUGAGCUUUGGGAUGAUUAUACGAUUAGAGAGUGAAUCACUUCAAGUGCUGAAGGGAGAUCCUGAUAGACCUGUGGUUGCAGUAGUGAAGUUGAGGGAGAUCAAAUAUAAGAUAGAUGAUAGGAGGAAUACUGCCAAAGAUCGUUCCAGAAAUGACGUGUCUGUGAAAGAUGUUGUGAAGAUUCUCAUGGGUCCUUGCCAAGGGAAACAAGGUUCUGUCGAACAUAUACGUGGAGGUAUAUUGUUCAUAAAUGACCGCCAUCACAUGGAGCAUUCUGGUUUUAUUUGUGUGCAAGCACAGUCUUGUAUAGCAAUCGGAGGCUCAAAUGCCAAGGUUUCCCUGCCCUCAAGAUGUGCAACUUCAAGACAGACAGCUUAUAUCCCCCCUUCACCAAGAAGAUAUUCUACAGGACCUCCAUUAGAUUCUGGGGUGAGAGAUAGGGGAGCUGCUGCUGGGCGAGGAGGGCGUGAUAAGUUUGUUGGUAGCAUUGUGAAAAUCCGUCUUGGAAACUACAAGGGAUGCAGUGGUCGUGUUGUGAGCCGCAAUGGUCAAUUAGUUCGGGUUGAAUUGGAGUCUCAGAUGAAAACUGUUGCAGUUAAACGUGAGGAUAUAUCUGUAGACGCGGGUGUUUUCACUUCAUCCAGUGAAGCACCUCAACAGGGUAUUGGAAGUCAGACACCCAUGCAUCGAACACAAACUCCACUACACCCAUAUAUGACUCCUAUGAGAGAUCAAGGAGGAGAAACACCAGUUCACAGUGGUAUGCGGACGCCUAUGCGCCAUCAAGCUUGGAAUCCUUAUGCUAUUUCAACUUGCUAG